AUGAGUCCAAAGAAGUUACUAAAGAUAAUCGUCGUUGGCGAUUCUGGCGUUGGGAAAACUUCCCUCAUGCACCAAUUCGUUAACAACAAAUUCAGUCAGCAGUAUAAAGCCACUAUCGGUGCAGACUUCCUUACAAAGGAGAUCACAUUGGAUGGUGGCAAAACCGUGACAUUGCAAAUUUGGGACACUGCUGGUCAAGAAAGGUUUCAAAGUUUGGGUGUGGCUUUUUACAGAGGCGCUGAUUGUUGUGUUUUGUGUUUUGAUGUCACUAACGAGAAGUCGUUAAACAAUUUGACCAGUUGGAAGGAUGAGUUUUUGGUGCAACUGAAUGUUUCGAACCCACAAGAUUUCCCAUUCGUUAUCAUUGGAAAUAAGAUUGAUGUUGAUGAUUCAAAAAAAAUUCCAAGUUUACAAAAGAAACUACACAAUAUAACUCAUAAUCAAUUAGGAGGAUUAAAUCAUCCAGUAUUUGAAACAAGUGCAAAGGAUGGUGUUAAUGUUGAAAGUGCAUUUGAAGUUGUUGCAAAGAUGGCUUUGCAACAAGAGGAGCUUAAUUCAGGAGGAGAUGUCAAUGACGACUACAAUGAUGCAAUAAAUAUUCAUUUAGAGUCUGAUUCAAGUGCUUGUGGUUGUUAA